AUGUCGGUACUUCCCAGUUAUUCGAAAGGGACCGAGGAAAUUGAAGAGAGGUUGGUCGAGCUCUGGGACGAGGUCCAGUCUCCGUCCUUCCUGUAUAACGCCAGCAAGAAUUAUAUUAUCUCCAACUUUGGAAGUAAUAUCCCCAGUUCUCAGAAGGUUCAGUCCUUUUUGAACGGAAAAGGAUUAUACAGCAGCAACGAAAGAAAGUGGACGAAGCUAGCGGGACGGGGUCCAGGUAACAACCUCAAAGUCGAGAUGCAGUGCAUCCUAGCCAAAGUCGUCUCCAAGCUUGGAUCUCGUGGGAUGAGGGUAUUCUCGCUUCUCCCUUUCUACCAAGACAUCACACUCGAGACUCGCGUCGACGUUGAGGAAACGUGGUCUGUGCAGGCCACACCCGACUUAGUCGUCACCGCGAAAGGCGAGAAUUUCAAAUCCACGAGGCCAGGGUGUGAAGGAGACGCGUCUCUAUUCGCAUCGCACAUCGAAAGAGCAGCAGGCGUUGUAAUGGUGAGGACGGACCAGGAUUUCGACAGUGCUCCCAAGAAGAUCCUACUUGAGGCUGCAUACUUCGCUGGGCGAGUAAAUCAUCAGUCUUCGAUUUAG